AUGGAAGAAGAUAAUAACGAGAAUGCUGGUUUAGGCAUAGUGAUAACUGUCACAGUUAUCGUCGCAGCGGGCAUUGCAGCCUAUGAGAGCCCAGAGGUUCAAAGAUGGCUUGAUACCUCUCGACGGAAGAUAGCCCUCGCUCUACACAGCCUUGGAGAUGGCAUCAGCCCAGAUAAACAGCGUACGCCGCAAAGAGAUGAUAUAUCUAUGGUUGAGGCUACCGGAAUAGAAGCAGAGGAAAGAAGACAAAGGGCUAGGGAAGAUAUUAUGAGACGCCAUGCUCUACUAACUGCAAAACGACGUGCCACUUCUGAGGGCAGCAUGAGCAGUUUUGAUAAACUUGUGGAUAGCGAAGGGCGGCUAAAGGAAACUAAACUGUUUGACAAGGAACCAGAGGGCUCAGUCUCUAGGUCUUCGGGGGUUCAAAUGCCUGACCUGUCCCGGGUAGUGCCUGUGAACGUAAAACAAGGAGAUUCAAACGCUACUUCCCAUUCAGUGUCCAUGGUUAUCCCUGGCAUCAAUCCGGACCAACGUCGUGCGCUUAUCGAGAAAUUGCAGCUAAAUACCUCUCCUGCAUCGACUCUGGAUUCAGAGACAUCCUCCCACCAUCCAUCUGAAUCUCUAGUGAAUCUAACCCCGACUUCUGAGUUCCCGGACACAGAUUUCCAAGCUUCUAUUCACGUUAGUGAACAAGACAUACCCGUCCAAAAUGGCUCUUCUUCGGCCUCCCAUACUGAAGAUGGGGAGUCGGAUUUCUACUACGCUCACCCUGAUCAUCCUAACCAAGCCACCUCCCACACAGAUGGGGUUCUCUUUGACGCUGACGGCAGCCAUACCCCAGUCACUCAACCAUCACCUGCACCAUCCGUCACUUCUAGCUUGAGCCACAUCAACCACGAUCCGUUUGAGUCUGUCUCUGACGACUCAAUUAGUGACAUUGUUCAAUCACGGGACGAUGUUUACACGCCUGUUAGCUGGUCUGAAGUUGGGAGUGUCACCAGUAGCAAUGACGGAGGUCAUGCAUAA